UCGCAAUAAGUCCAUCCUCGGUUCUCUGCCAUUUCGGCAAGCAUGCCAAUAUGCAUUACGUGCAGUACUCCAGUCAAGGACCUGUACACGGUCUACAGCAAAGCAGAUGACAGAACCUUAGGCAAAGGCGUACGCUUAACCCAAUGCCCCAAUUGCAAGCGGUUUGCCGACAAAUAUGUCGAGCACGACUUUGUUGUCCUGUUCAUAGACCUUGUCUUGAUCAAGCCCCAGGUUUACCGCCAUCUCCUGUUCAACCGGCUUGGGCGCUCGGAUAACAAGUUCGAUCCUAGCAUCUUGCGCCUGGGGAUCUUGCUCGUCCUAUUUGACGUCUACAUUACGUGGGCUAGGAUCGAGAAGACAAGUGCUAUCAGUCCACGCAAUGGGGCCGGCUCCAGACUCAGUGGGAUGCCUAUCCUUACGCAAUAUCUUUUCUUUCUUACCAUGAAUGUCAUGGCGACAGUUGCGCAGCAUGGAAUCAUCCGCCUGUUGGCUCGAAGUUUUGUCACACGACAUGAGCUUCAAGGAGACUUUAAUGGGUUAAACCAGAAACCUGCCCUGUCCUCAUCUGGCGCUCCUACAAGGCCGCCGACGGUCGCACCCGGUAACGCCAGUCCAAGUGCAAUCAGCACUGCUUUAUUAGUGUCCAGCUGUACCAAGUUGUUUCCCAUCUUGCUCGUCAUAUGGCCUACAGAAGCAAAGGAAGGUGACUCCCCUGGAUUUGCUUUUCGGGCAACGAGUUAUGUAGGAUGGGCUGUACUCAUCAACAACAUCGAGGCCUUGCUGAUUCUACUCAACUGCGGCUACGUGACUGCAACCGGGCUAGCCGUCUCGGGAAUGCUUGCGAGAUGGGUUGUGGAAGGUUGGGCUUUGAGCCUCGUUGGAUUAGGGAGAGAUGCUGGACCGAUGGGAGAUGUUGUGGGCGCUUUGAUGGCAGUAGCAAAAUGGCUGGUAGGAAGAUGAGACUUUAGC